AUGGCUGGGAACCCAUCGGCUUCCGCUGUACGGUCGCUCAUAACCAAAGUUCAGGAGUCAUAUGCCGCAGCCACCGCUCAGCAGCGUCCAUGGAACGAGCUCAUUGACCGCUCCAGUUUAGCCAAGCCCGAAAGCCUGAAUGACGCCCUCAGCCGGAUUCGCAAGAACCUGGGCUACUUUCGGGCAAAUUACCUGGGCAUUCUCAUCGCAGUUGUCGUCCUCAGCAUGCUCUGGAACCCAACAGCUAUUUUGUGGCUGGGUCUUCUCGGAUCUGGCUGGGUGUACGUGUUCAUGGUCCGCGCAGAGCCGAUCAUUGUCGCUGGAAGAACGCUGAACGAGCGAGAAAAGUUUAUCGGAAUGGUGGUAAUUUCCGUGGUUGUCGUCUUCGGACUGACAUCAGUGGGCUCCAUUCUCAUGUCCGGGGUUGUGAUAGGUGCCGUGGCCAUCACCGUGCAUGCUGCAUUCAGGGUUCCAGAUGACCUCUUUUUGGACGAUUCGGAUUCUGCUGGCUUUUUGUCGUUCCUCGGUGGAAGGCCCCAAAUGCCUCCUGCCCUCUAA